AUGGUUGGCACUUUCAAAGAACUUUUAAUAUGUUUUAUGGAUCCAAAUUAUGUCAAUAAAACUCCUAUUAAUGAAAUAAAUCCAGAAAAUUCUCGACAUUACUUACCUUUUACUCAGAUUUACCUUGGCAUUAAAAUUAUGAAAGAAGUACAAAACCCUAAAAUUGCUAAUAAUAAACAUAUGUUAGAAGACUUCUAUUCAAGAGUACAAUCAUUUUUCAAAAUAGCUUGCAUGCAACUAAAAAAAAAAUACAAUUUUAAUGAUCCCUUGAUGCCAGCUAUUAAGUUGAUGGACCCUAAAAUUGCAUUAUCCAUUGAAACUAGGAAAGAAAAUAGUUCUUUAUUUUUUCUCUUAAAUUUAUUGCCUAGGUUGACUAAAUUAAAUGAUGAUUUAAUGCAAUCUAUUGACAAUGAAUGGAGACAGUUGCCCCAUUUUAAUAUUUCAACUGAUUUAUUAAAUUAUUUAGAUCAACCAGAUAUUUUUUGGUAUAAUUUAUCUAAAAUACAACUUGGAAAUCAAGAAUUUCCAUUCAUAAACCUUUCAAAUUUUGCUCUUGAAGUAUUUUCACUCCCUCAUUCUAAUGUUGAUUGCGAACGCGUCUUUAGUAAGGUGAAUUUAAUAAAAGUAAAAACUAGAAACAAACUAAAUACAGACACAAUUCAAGGUUGCUUGUUAGCAUCUCAAGAGAUUAAAAUUAAAAAUAAUAAUUGCGUUAAUUAUAUUCCCCCCAAAAAAAUGAUAAACUUAAUGAACACAGUUAAUUUGUACAGCAAAAAUACUAAUGAUGAAUUUAGUUUUGAACAAAUUUAA